AUGUAUCAACUGAAAAGGGUACUUCACUUAUUCAUACUCAAAUUAAACUUGUUUCUUUGCCUGUGUUCCAGCUGGGCAUCGGGGACGACGGUGUCGUACGAUAAGAAUGCAUUGAUCAUUGAUGGCCAGCGUCGCAUUAUUAACUCUGGUUCGAUCCAUUAUCCCCGCAGCUUACCCGAGAUGUGGCCCGACUUAAUCAAAAAGGCCAAGGAUGGAGGCCUCGACGCCGUUGAGAGCUACGUCUUCUGGGAUGUCCAUGAGCCUCGAAAGGGCCAGUAUGAUUUCACGGGAAGAGCAAACAUCAUUAAAUUCUUCAAGUUAGUCCAGCAGGCUGGGCUUUAUGGCAUUCUACGUAUCGGUCCCUACGUUAGUGCUGAAUGGAAUUACGGAGGUUUUCCUAUGUGGCUACACAACGUUCCAGGAAUCCAACUGAGGACAAAUAAUGAAGUUUACAAGAAAGAAAUGCAAACAUUUACCACCAAGAUCGUCAACAUGUUCAAAGAAGCAAAGCUCUUUGCACCACAAGGAGGACCAAUAAUACUCACACAGAUUGAGAACGGGUACGGGAACAUAAUGGACCAGUACGGGGCAAUGGGGAAAGAGUACAUCCAAUGGUGUGCUGAGUUCGCAGAAUCGCUCAAGGUCGGCGUCCCCUGGAUCAUGUGCCAACAGCACGACGCUCCAAAGAAUAUGAUUGAUACGUGCAAUGGCUAUUACUGCGACACAUUCAACCCAAGCGAUCCCAAUGCUCCCAAAAUGUUCACGGAAAAUUUUGUUGGUGGGCCUACGAAAUGGGGUGAUAGGGUGCCACACAGGCCAGCAGAAGAUGUGGCGUUUGCAGUUGCCAGUUUCUUCCAAGCCGGUGGGGUAUUGCAAAAUUAUUACAUGUAUCAUGGAGGCACGAACUUUGGACGUACGUCAGGAGGGCCCUAUAUCACAACAUCUUAUGACUACGAUGCCCCCAUCAAUGAAUACGGAAUGGUAAAUCAGCCAAAGUGGGGUCACCUGAGGAACUUACAUGCGGCCCUCAAGCGUGGGGAGAACCUCCUAACGAGUGGCAAUUCCACAAACAAGCAACUAGACAAUGGAGUUACCUUGACAACAUAUACCAACAGCUCAGGCGGCAGGUUCUGUUUCUUGAGCAACCCAAGUACUAAUGCAACUGCUAACGUCGACCUGCAGCAGGAUGGCAAGUACAACUUGCCUCCUUGGUCUGUUAGCAUCCUCAUAGGUUGUAACCUGGAGAUCUACAAUACUGCACGGGUGAAUGCUCAAACUUCAAUAACAGGUUACAAUCCCACCUCGAUUAACAACGCGUCCUCAGUGCUUUCGUGGUCAUGGACCCCGGAGCCCAAGACGGCCCAAAGGGGAAAGGCCUUUGAGUUUAAUGCGCCGAAGCUCCUGGACCAGAAGGAGGCUGCCGUCGAUGCCAGUGACUACUUGUGGUACUCGACAAGUGUGGACAUAAAGGACGCGUCGUGGACCAAUUUGACUCUUCAUGUGAAUACUAGUGGCGACGUCCUCCAUGGGUAUGUCAAUGGCCAACCCCUCGGAUUUCAAUGGGGAAACUCAGGCGGAGGCUUUGUCUUUGAGCGUCCUGUUAGCUUGAAACUGGGGAAGAACACGAUCUAUCUGCUCAGCGUCACUGUUGGAUUCCCCAAUUAUGGGGCGUUUUUCGAACUUACUCCCGUGGGUUUAGCAGGAGGACCAGUUCAGCUCGUCAAUGGCAAUGCAACAAUCGAUUUGUCGUCAAACUCAUGGUCAUAUAAGGUCGCGUUGAACGGGGAGCUGGCACAACUGUACAGUCCCAACACAUCUUCCAAGGUGGUCUGGCAGACAAAUGAAGUCCCCAUCUUGAGCCCACUGACCUGGUAUAAGGCCCGUUUCCAAGCUCCAGCGGGAACCGACCCGGUGGUAUUGGACUUGCAAGGCAUGAAAAAAGGUCAAGCAUGGGUGAACGGCAUCAGCAUCGGGCGAUACUGGAUGAGCGUCGAGGCCAAAGCCGACGGUUGCAGCGAAAAUUGCAACUACCGGGGCAAUUACUCACCUGAAAAGUGCUUGACGAACUGCGGCGAACCUACGCAGAGCUGGUACCACGUCCCAAGAUCGCUCAUUAAAAAAGGGGUGAACACGCUUGUCUUGUUCGAGGAAUUCGGGGGAGAUCCCACGAAGGUGAAUUUCGAGACCGUCGUGGUGACAUCUGCGUGCGCCAAAGUUCCACAAGGGGGCACUCUGGAACUGUCGUGCUUGUCUGGGCACACCAUGUCGGAGAUAAGGUUUGCAAGCUAUGGAAAUCCUCAGGGAAGUUGCAGGAAUUUCAGCAGCCGCACUUGCGAGUCUGCUACUAGCAAGUCCGUCGUUCAAGAGGCAUGUCUCGGGAAGCAAUGGUGCUCUGUUCCAGUAUCAGAUGCAAAUCUUGGUUCAAGCGGUUGCACGUUCACUGUGCCUUGGUUAGCCGUAGAAGCUGUUUGCCAGUAGCCAACUAGCUAGGACAAUAGUUUCAGGCAUUUUUUCCAACCCGUUAGACCCUAUCGGUUUUAUAUCCUCGACUGUUGGCUAGAUGGGGCAUCCACAGUGUCCGCCAUGUGCUACUUUGAAUUUUUUUUUUUAUAUGUUUUUGGAUGGGUACCGCCUUAAAAUUGGACAAAGAAAAUAAGUACAAUGAAGCGAUAUAUUUACGUUCUU